GCUACACAAUUUUAAUGAAAUCGAAACAAGAAGAAUGGCAGACGGAAGUAAUUUUCAGUCGUUAAAAGACGGUUCUGAUGCAGAUUUUGAAUUCACGUUUACACCUUGCAGCAAAGACAAUAUAAGAGAAGAGGCUGACAAGUAUUGCCCUGAGUGUCACGAAUAUUUGUGUAAAACAUGUACAAGAUACCAUAGUCGACUCAAGGCUUCACAGCAACAUAAACUGCUGGAUAAAAGCGAUGCUAAACAAGGUGUUGUUGUUUCCAGGAUUAAAUGUCUUUUCCAUCAAGACCGAGAAAUUGAAAUGUACUGCCUUUCACAUGAUAUGGUGUACUGCCUCCUGUGUAUUGCAACAGAACAUAGGUCUUGUGACGAAGUAAACAAAAUUGAAGAUGUGUCAAAACAAUGUGUCACUCAAGCGGAGAUUCAAUCGCUAUUAGAUGGGACACAAACUGUACAAGACAAGAUGAAGUCACUUACAGUUAAACAGAAACAAAAUGUAACUGCAAUAGAGAAAGAGAAGGAGGCUAUUGAAGGGAAACUAGAUGAUACAGUGACAAAACUUAUCGAACAUAUUAGAAAAUUGAAAAGAGAGACAACAAAAUGUUUAAAUGAUAAAUAUUCUACAUUGAAGGAGGAACUCGUGUCUGCUAUCAGUGUAUCAGGUCGCACAGCUGAAGAUUUAAAACAAACUAAGGAACAACUGCAUACAAUUGACAGUCUGGACCUAGAGCAGCAAUUUGUCCGGAUGAAGUUGAUGAAGAAGACAAGCCAAGAUGCAAACACUUUUAUAACAGAAGGUGAGGCAGAAGGUACAAAAUUUAUCGAUUUUACUGUAAAUAAAGAGCUGACGGACAUCAUCGCAAAAGCAAAUUCUAUAGGUGACGUGACAACUGGAAUUGUCGGUGAGCAGAAAUUGAAACAGAGGCAGUACACAAUAAAGUCAACGAAAGUGAUCAAUGUGAAGCUGAGUAAUGACAAACAGGGAUGUUGCAUAUCUGAUAUAUGUAGACUUCCUGAUGAUACGAUCCUUCUGACUGAUUUUAACAAUAACAAUAUAAAAAGACUCAACACUAAUGAUAGUGUACAAAACGUCUAUGAUUUUGAUGCUUGGCCUACAGGUAUAUGCUGUGUUAGUAACAGUGAAAUGGCUGUGAAAUUUAACAACAAUAAAAUACAACUUUUUACCGUUUGCUCAUCUCUGUCCAAAGGAAGGACUAUAAAUAUAAACAACGGUGGAUUUUUUGGAUUAGCAAUAUGUUGUGGUGAUCUAUGGUCAUCAACACAAAAUGGUGUUAACGUAUACAGUACAUCAUCAAAUCUUGUUAAAUCUAUCGUCAAUGAUCAAAACGGGAAGUCUAUAUUUAAAUCCAAUGUUCAGCAUAUGUCUGUCACUUCUGGCACAGUGAUUGUAACAGAUGGCUCUGAUGGAGCUGUUUGUCUUAACAAAGAUGGUACGGUCAUUAGAGAGCUGAGAGACAGAAGAUUGAAGAAUACUCGAGGUGUAUGUGUAGCUGAUGAUGGAACGAUAUUUCUAUGUGCAUAUCAAUCUAACAACAUCGUUAUGUUCAACAGGGAUGGGAAUUGUCUCGGAGAACUGAUCGGGAAAGAUUUUGGCUUAAAAACACCAAUCAGUAUGUUCUUCGAUGGGAGAAGAAAUAGCUUAAUUGUUGGAUGUGGCAGCACAAACACUUUAUUCGUAAUUGAAUUUGAUUGCUAAAAAAUUUCAUUACUUUCAACUCCAACUGAUAAUAAAAGAAAACGUUGAUAGAAUUCUAACAAUUGUUGAUAGAAUUCUGAUAUCAAUUAACUGUCUUAAUAAAUAACUCUUCUCAGUUGUUUGGCUAUAAUUGCUAAAUAAGUAUCAAUGCUGUAAAGUAUUUGAUUGACAUAGAUAGCGUCAAUUAUGUUAACUCUUAUAAGAAAAACAAUGCGAAUUAUUUAAAAUGCUAUUUAUAUGCACCAUGGUUUUAUUCUUUUGAUGACAUGUAUUAGUACUAAUUGCUGUAUAGAAAAUAAUAAAUACGAGUACACAUUUAAAAUAUUAUAAAUUUCUUUGAAGCGUCAAUAUUUUAUUGUUCUAUGAACAAGAUAGAAUGCUUGUCAAUUAAAUAUUAUAUGAUACAAGCUCUUGUUAAAAUUAUGUGAUUUGUUUCAAUUAAAUUAAAAAAAAAAUAGAACUCUGUAAUGGAUAUAUUUUGCUAAAUAUUUGAAGGUGAUACAAAACGAACAUUUAUUUUUGUUAAACGUUUUAGGCUUUAAAUGAACAUGUAUCAAAUAACACAUGUGCAUAUUCGGAUUGAUUUUUUGUGAUGAAUGUAAGAAAAUUUUAAUAAUCAUCAUGUUUUAAAUAGAUUGUUAAUAUGUUCGAAUGUUGGAACAUUUCUGUAGAUUCGUUAAUAUUCACGAAAAAAAUAAUAUAAUUUAUACAUUCUUGUUACUUACAUGCUAUAGACUUAGUUACCAUUUUUUAAAUUCCAAGAAAAAUACUUGUACAACUCGUAUUUGACAAGAAUUAUCAUGAGUAAUAAUCAAGUAAUGAAUGAAAUCAAGAACAACAAUAAUUACAAUUAACGUACAUGUAUCAACUAUUUAAAGUAAAAUGUGUCACGCCUACGUAUUAUGUAGUAAUGAUUAUAUGCUAUCUGAAUCAUAUGGAUAUAAAUUAUAUGUAUACAAUUUUAUGUUAAAUAAAGUAUAUGUAUGUAUGCGUGCGUGCGUGCAUGCGUGUGUGUGUGUGUGCUAAACGAAGUGGUUUUCAUUAUUUUCUUGAUAAGGAAUCGUUAUACGUUCGUUUUACAGUCCAAACAAACAGUGAUCUUUCUUGAAAUAAAAAAAAAUCAUAAAAAGCCGUGAUCGAGAAUCAAACUCAGAUCAUCACUAUACUGGCAACAGAGAUAUGCACUGUGCCAUGGAGGCAUUUGAAUUUUACGAAUUUGAAAAAUGACAUAUAGGUGUAUUUAAAUUUCUUCUUGAUUUCAAGUGACGAAUAAAAAUAAAUCUCUAUAUAUCAUAUUUUUUUACAUUGUUUUUGUAUAGUUAAAUAUUUUGAGCUUCAAUAAAAUAUAAAUAUGUCGAAACAUUUUUUUAAACAAAAUAGAUAGUUAAAACAAACGGAUUUCUCCGAUAUAUAUGACAAUAUUAAUUCUAUUUCGGAACAGCAUUUGAGUGACCUUCAAAUUUAUCUAGUAGGCCGUUAAGGUGAAAACAAACAAGAGAGUUAUCAUGGACAUUAAUCGCUCACCUAUAUGCCAUAAAGUUAUAAUUUAUUUGAUGUAGAAGCAGAUGAAUAGUUCACAUUCAAGGUCACCCAGACUAACAAUAGGCACUUCAAGCACUGAAAGAGUUUCACUUCGCAAUACAUUUGUCAAAUAUCAAAGGUCUUGGCCUUGUGAAUUCCAAGGAGAACGUGUAUCUUUUCAAUGUAACAAUUUAGUAGUGCACAAUGUGCAACAUCAUUCUUUUUACUCCAGGGUCAUGAUUUAUUCAUUUUUGUAGAGGUCCACUAGACAAUGCUAACCAUUUAAAGGAACAUUUUUUCUGCGUCUGAAAAUAAUAAUAAAAAAAACAAAAAACAAAAAAAAACAAUAA